AUGGAAUCAUGUGGUUGUUUCUGGAUUUAAUGAUUUUACUAUUAUAAUCCCCACCUGCUACCAACCAAUACUUAUACUAUAUGGUACUAAUAUUUAAUCACCAAUUCCUAAUUUAUGAUUCUGCUGCUUCCAAAUUCACGCGGAGUAUUAUAUAGAGAUGAGCUCUUACUACUAAUUUUCAUCAACAUCAAAACAAAAAAAUCAAGCUACAUAACAACCUGUCAUCGGAAACUACAUAUCCGGUUUCCAACAAUUUCGUCACCGGAAACAAAACUAACGACAAUAUGAAUAUUGUUGACAACGAUAUUACUGUUACUAAGCACACCAAGGCACUUGAAUUCAUCGAAGAGGUUACAACAAACACAGACACAGUUCAGAAACAAGUACUCUCUGAAAUUCUAUCUAUCAGUUCACAUGUUGAGUACCUAGAGCGUUACGGUUUAAAUGGUCGUACAGAUCGUGAAACCUACAAGAAUGUCAUUCCGGUUGCCACCUACGAAGAUAUUAAACCCUUUGUAGAACGAAUUGCUAAUGGUGAUAUUUCACCGAUCCUGUGUGGCCGUCCUAUCAAAGGUUUCUCGGUCAGCUCUGGAACUUCAGGUGGCGAAAGGAAAAUAUUUCCAUGUAUAGAAGAAGAGAUGGAACGGAUAUGGUUUACUAGAAAUCUUGUAAUGCCAGUGGUGAACAAAUACAUACCUGGUAUGGACAAAGGAAAAGCUAUGUUUUUUAUGUUCACGAAGGAGAGAGCUUAUACUCCUGGAGGACUACCAUUCUGUUCAGCUUUAACGGUUUACUAUGAGAGUUCACAAUUCAAGAACAGACCUUACGAUCCAUUCGAAGAUUAUACUAGUCCAGAUGAAACCAUUUUUUGCAAGGAUUAUUACCAAAGUACGUAUUCUCAGUGUCUUUGUGGACUCUACCAAAGUAAACAAGUUGUCCGAGUUGGAUCGGUUUUUGUUAACGGUCUAAUUAGGAUUAUACUUUUCAUUCAAAAACACUGGUCUCUACUCUGUAAUGACAUCCGCACGGGAACUAUUAAUGCCCAAAUUAUCAAGGAUGCAUCAGUCCGGGAAGCUGUUCAGAAAAUACUAGUAAAACCCGAUCCGGAACUCGCUGAUUUCAUCGAGCUUGAAUGUAAGAGAGAUGAAUCAUGGAAAGGUAUUAUAGCUAGGCUAUGGCCUAAUGCCAAGUACAUUGAUUCUAUCAUAUCAGGGUCUAUGUCUCAGCAUAUUCCUUCCGUCGACUUUUACAGUAAUGGACUCCCAUUUGUUGGUGCUAGGUACGCAUGUUCAGAAUGCUUCUUAGGUAUAAAUCUCAACCCUCUCUGUAAACCAAAUGAAAUUACCUAUACCAUUAUCCCUACCAUGGCCUAUUUCGAGUUCUUGCCAAUAUUUGAUAAGAAUCAACAGAAUAAGAACAACCAGCAGGAGCAACAUGAUGCGCAAGAACUAGUAGAUUUAGCUGACGUUAAGCUCGGAUAUGAAUACGAACUUUUUCUCACCACUUAUACCGGACUUUAUCGGUAUGGGGUUGGAGACGUGUUAAGGGUCGUUGGUUUCAAAAACACUGCUCCAAUAUUCCAAUACAUAUGCCGAAAGAAAAUACUUCUGAGCGUUGAUAGUGAGAAGACAAGCGAAUUGGAGCUUCAAAAUGCAGUUCAAAAUGCAAUGAAACAUCUCGUGGCAAAGUUCGAUGUAUCCCUUGUCGAUUACACCAGUUAUGCCGAUACAAAAAGUACUAGUAACCAAGGCCACUAUGUUAUCUACUGGGAACUUCGACAUCACAGCUUGGACAAUGCAACAACUACAACUUCAACUACGCCAUCAUCAUCUAUUAUUCCUAGGUCGGUGUUCGAGGAAUGUUGCCUAAUAUGUGAAGAAUCACUGAACUCUGAAUACAAGGAAAAUCGUACACUAGAAAAGGCAAUUGGACCUCUAGAAAUAAAGAUAGUCGAGACGGGAACUUUUGACAAAUUGAUGGAUUAUGCAAUUACCCAGGGUUCAUCAGCUAGCCAGUAUAAAACACCCCGAUGCCUGAAAAACGUUGAGCUUCUAAACUCUUUUGUUGUUUCGAACUACUUCAGUCAGGAAUUCCCACACUACACUCCUGGCUUCUGAAUUUUGAAAAAAAUAUAAAAAUAAAUCGAUAUCGCAAGAAAAUUUUAGGUUUCUAAACUAGAUUUUGUACUUCUUUUCCUUGUUUUUGGGUUUGCUUUUUUACCUAUUUAUGUGCAUCGUGGCGCCUUCUCUUCUUGUACUUGUUUUUACCUUUUCAAUAAAACUACAGCCAUUUUAAGUAAAAA